AUGGAUUCCAAGCUUGUCAACAAGUGGUGCCGUAUGGUGUACGGAAAGGACCUGAAGGCUGGAAAGCUGGUCCUGAAGAUCGACCUUCUUGUCAUGACCUACAUCGGUCCAACUACUCCAAUGCCUACGAAGAAGGAUCUUCAUUUCCAUGGCAAGCAGUACAACAUGGGAAACACAAUUUUCCUAAUUGGAUACACCGUCGGCCAAAUUCCCUCUAACAUCGCACUCACGUACAUCCGUCCCCGGUAUUGGUUCACUGCCAUGCAGACCUGCUGGGCCGUCAUCUGCCUUGCACAGUACUCUGCCAAGAACGUCAAGACCGUUUUUGCUCUCCGCUUCCUGAUGGGUCUUUUCGAGUCCAGCACUUUUGUCGGAACCCACGCUAUCCUCGGUUCCUGGUACACGCCCAAGGAGAUCGGCAAGCGCUCGGCUAUGUUUGUCAGUGCUGCCCAGGUCGGCUCAAUCCUGUCUGGUCUGAUCCAAGGCGGUCUCUACAGGCACAUGAACGGCAGAAACGGUCUGAAGGGCUGGCAAUGGCUUUUCAUCAUCGAUUUCAUUGUCAGCAUGCCAAGCAUCAUCUAUGGCUUCUUCUUCUUUCCUGAUUUCCCGCACAACACGACCUGCUUCUGGUUCUCGGAGGAAGACAAGCAGCUUGCCAAGGCCCGCCUGCCAAAUGCCCAGGUCCAUGAAGUUCAGUGGCGCAGCACGGCUACAUGGAAGCGUAUCGCCACAAGUUGGCACACCUAUAUGUUCCCCAUUCUCUUCACUCUCUAUGGAACCGGUCUCCAAAUUACCGGCAAUAACGUCAUGCCCUUCUUCAUGGAGAAGCAUGGCGAUAAAAAGGUCGAGCAUUUGAACUACUACCCAACCGGAAUGACCGCAACGGGUAUCCUCGCCUUCUGGGUGUACGCCAUUAUGUCGGAUAAGCUUAGGACCCGUGUUCCUGCUUCGAUUGCCAUUGGAUGCACCUUCAUCCUUGGAGCCGCACUGCUGUACUCAAAACACAUUUCCUAUGGCGGAAAGCUGACUGCUUUCUAUCUCCUGGGAACUUGCUUGUCUCCUCAGGCAUUGUGGUACUCGUGGGCCAAUGAUCUGACACGUGAUCACUUUGAGCUCCGUAUAUUCCUCAACGGUUCUAUGAACACUAUUAUGGAGGCAUUCAUUGCUUGGUGGCCGCUAGUAUUUUACCCAGCCGACUCCAAGAAUUUCAACCGCGGCUUUAUCUCCACCAUGGUCAUCGGUGGGCUCAUUAUCAUUGUCGUGCUGAUCAUCUGGAUGCUAGAGCGGAGGCAGCUUGCACAGGAAGCGCUCGCUGAAAGGAACGUGCUUGAAGGAUUUGGCGGGAAAUAUGACGAGAAAGAGGCCGUCCGUGAUGAGAUCACACCUUCCAAGGAAGCGUAA